CAGUAACCUAUAAGCAACAUGUCCAAAGGAUUUAGUCAUAUUUGCCGAAAGAUUGUCGCAGUUGGACGCAACUAUGUUGAACAUGCCCGAGAACUCGGUAGUCAAAUUCAGAGUGAUCCAGUAAUUUUUCUCAAACCGCCAAGUGCCAUCAUCGAACAAGGAGAGAAGAUUGUGGUGAAUAUUGGUUUAUUCUGUGUUUCACUUUCCUCAUGAAUGUUAGCUCCCAGAGGGCGUCACAGACCUACACCAUGAGGUUGAGCUUGGACUUGUGAUCGGAAAAGAAUUAUCGAAAGCGAAGCUCUCUGACAUGCUACCUCCAAAACUGUUUGUCUCAGACUACGAAGAGUUCCGGAAGAAUGCGAGCACUGUUGAGCUAUGGCUUCGAGUCAACGGGACGGAACAUCAGCGUGCCACGAUUGAUGGAAUGAUACAUUCACCAGCUAAACUGAUUUCCUUCAUCUCGCAUCACAUGCGUCUCGAACCAGGUGAUUUGAUUCUGACAGGCACACCAGCCGGUGUUGGGCCUGUUAAAUCGGGUGAUGUGAUUACAGCCGGAAUUAAGGAGCUGUGUGAAGUUGAAUUCCGCGUCGCUUGAAUCCUUGGUUCAAAUUUCACGGCGUCGCAAUUUCAAAGAGUGCGAUCCGCUAACCCAAUGCAGAUGACAAAAUUAAACAAGUCGAAUGGUGAUCACCGAACAAGGCAGUCUUCAC